GAUUGCUUGUGUAGUGCAAGUUUGUGUACGGAUAUAUUUACUCACACAUCGACUGAACGAUUAUCCAUUUUGGUUUUCGCGGUACUGAGCGUCACUGAACUUAUUUUAAUUUUUUGAUUUGUAAUUAUUCUGUAAUAUUAACUAGAUAAUGUUUUAACUGUGAGCUAAACAAUAUGUGUCUCUAAACAGACAUAGAUAAUAGCUGAUCGGCCGCUGGUUCAAUUAUAUCGGCAGCGUCAAGCUGAUAUGAUGGCGCGUGUGUAGUGCAUAGUGGACCCUUUCUCGAAAUAAAUUGUGACUUUGUACUAACGAUAUCUGAACACUACUGCAUUUAAUUAAUGUUUUUACACCUGUGUUAUUAUUCCAUUGUGAAAUUAGUGCUAAAUUAUUCGUAGUUGCCUUAUUUGUUAUGUAAAAAAGGAAAUUAAGUUUUCGAUUUUGUGUGUUUGAUAGAGUACCUUGGAGACAUCCAACGUUCUGGAUUUCGCAGCGCUAAUUGCAAAUCCUAAGGUCAUGAAUUGGCACAAUGCGAGAACAUUGAAUGUAAGGUUAUUGUGACGAUUCCAAUCGGUGUGCGAGACUUCGACGGGAGAUUUGGCCUUUUAUUUCAGAGAUUGGCGAUGAUAAAAUAUUCAUGAAAUACGAAUUUUGAUACGAUGUAUUUUGAAUUACGUCAGUGAAUUGAUUGCCGCCACAGAUAUCGUAUCUUGUUGAAAUGGAGGAUUCUGAGGAUAAUAUGAGUGCUGAAGACAUAAAACCUGAUAUUAAUAUGUUAGAGAAGCCCAGACCCAAGAAGCGGUCACUCGUUGAACGGGAAUUGGAAACUAACUUGACAGCCCGAAUUACUUCUCCUAUCUCAAAUGCUGAAGCUUCUAGCACCAGUAGAUAUGGCCGAGCUCGCAAGCUCAAGAUUGACCCUGAUAUCAUUGAUGUUGAUAAAAUUGUCAUUAAACGUGAGAAGACACCGACCAUCGAAAAGACACCUGUUAAAAUUCACAGCCCUGUGUAUAGAAUGCAUGCAUCCAAUUCACCCAUGAGACUGGAGUCACCUAAAGGAACACCUUAUAAAGCCACAUCUGUUGAAAACAAUUUGGAAAAUCAAAUAGAGAAUAUAUAUCAUGAAAAUAUAUCAUUAAGCCGAUUUGGAUCUGAAGAAAAGAAGAUCACUCCAAAUAAACUUCCAAAGGUGUAUGUACGUAAAGAUUUAAUACAGAACAGGGAAGAAGAUGAAGAGUCUGUAUUGCUCAUAAAGAACUUGUUCUCGCCAACAAAAAGCGGGCAAAAAUCAAAUUCGCACAUAAACAAUAUUCUCGAACGAUCAUCUGAAAAGUAUGGAAUUAGUAUGUCGCAAUCCAAGUCACAAAAUGGUUAUACUUCUGUGGUCAAGACGUUGGACUUUGAUAGCAAAAAGAAAAGAAAAGACAGUAAAGAUGGGAAGGCAAUAUCGAAAAGUGAGUUGUUUGAAAUGGAAGCUAAAUGCGAAUACCAGGUGGGAGAUCUAGCGUGGUCACGAAUGGGAACAUAUCCAUUUUGGCCGUGUAUUGUCACUAGAGAACCAUCAAGUGGAAUGUUUGUUAGAAGGAAGUUGUUCGGGCGCAUAGAACGCGACGUGAUACACGUAACGUUUUUCGGUGACAAUGGCCGCCGAGGUUGGAUAGUGGACACCAUGCUCAGAAAGUUCCUUGGCCAGCUUGAGUUUGAAGCGGCAAGGGAGCAGUUCACACCGGCUGACAAGAAGAAAGAUCCAAGAUUGUAUGCGGCAUUCUUUAUAUCGGAGAAGAAACAGCCACAGUGGAAUGUCUCGGUGGAAGAGGCUGAACUGUUGCUACGAGAACCAAAAAGAUUAAGAAUAGACUUACUAAAUGACAUGCUGAUGAAAGGCAGGGUAUUGAAAACUACAAAACAAAACAAAAGCGGUAAAAUCACGAGAACAGCCAGUGACGUAUCGCUAAGCGAGAGUUUGUAUGACACUUUGUUCUCAGAAGACGAUGGCAAGGAAGAUUCAGAUCGAUUGAGAAAUAAAUCCAGGAACAAAUCUCUAGAUGUGUCCGAAGUGGUUACAGCCUGUUUAGAUAAUAUGGCUGCCAAGACUGGCAACAUUAAGAUUCAAAGACAAUCUCACAUGGACAGAUGGUUACAGAAAGCCAAAUCGAAGACUCCGGAAAAGUCACAAGCUAGGCUUCAUGUUGUUCCACAAAAAGUAGAAAAGAAAGAAACAAAAGUCAGUGCAAAAAAGAAUAAGAAGUCACAGAGAUCGAGUUUACCUUUGACACAAAAACCUUACAGUUUUAGAAAUUCGCCAAAUCAAAGCCAAAAUAUGUUAGCACAUCAUGUUGAACAUGAUUACAAUGCAAAAUUGAAAUUUGCGCCAAGUUUAAAUUCUACUUUAAAUGAUACUGAAAAUGAUAGUGAUGAUAAUGUGAAUAUUGGCAAAAUACAGGGUUUUGGGGUUAUUGCCAAAAUGGAGACUCUAAGCGAUAGUGCUAAUGAGAGUAUGCACAAUGAUGAAGAAAUUAUUGGUGAUCAUUUAGAAAAAGAUGUGAUCAAAGAAGAGAUGGACAUAGAUAGAAAUGAUAAUAUCAUUAACGAAAAUGAAAUUUCGAAUGACACCCAAUCCUCAAAAAGUGAACACAUAGUUAAUGACUCCAACGAACCAAUGUCUUCUAUAGAGUCUAUCUCAAUUUAUUCAACAGAAAAAAAUGAUAGAAUCAUCGUUAGUGAGGACCAAAUGGAUUUAGGAAAUAAUAAACUGGAUACACCACCCAUAGCUAGGAAUAAAGUAAAUGAUGAUCCUGAAAACAUAUCGCCAACAACAAUGCAUAACUCUUCAACAGACGAAUCAGAUGAAAGGUUGUUCAAUAAAUUGGUUAAUGGUGACCAUGAAAUGACUGAAUUGUCUACGAAAGAUUCAGAUAUAAGUAGUAAAGAACUUGAAAUAUCACAAGAUACUGAGGAAAGUCAAGAAGAAAAUGCGAAUAACUUAAAUACAUCUUUAGAAACUGAAUCAGCCAAAAAGAAGUUAUAUAAUCCUGAUUUUUUAAAAUAUUUAGAAUUAAGACAGGAUGACCUAAUGGAUCAAUACCCAGAAUUGAGCUACGAUGAAAUAGUUGAGUAUUUACAUAAAACUUGGUUGUAUGAUGAACACUUUAGCGAUGGAACUAAAACUAAUAAUGAUUUCAAACAAUCUGAGUCAGCUAAAGGAUCCAAACAGUCCAAGUCUAGAUCCAAAAGAAGGCAAACUCGUAAGACUAAACAAAGAAUAACUUUAAAUAAAUCUGCAGAAAUAAAUGAUUUCAUUGAUGAAAAUGAGACAGUGGACAGAAUUGAAGAAACCCUUGAAACAACAAAAAUUAUAAGCAAUAGUUGUGUUGAGGUUCCUAAUAAGAUAAAUGCCACCGAAAAAUCUGGUGAUAAUAGUAUUAAUAUGAAAAUUAAUAGACAAGAAUCAGAUAACAUAAACAUUGUAAAGGAUUUUGAAGAAAUAAGUACCAUUUCUGAUAAGCAAUCAGUGAAUGAAAUAAUUUCAAAUGGCCUGGAUCCAGAACAAGAAACAGUUAACAUAAAAAUUGCAAAGAAAUCUGAUUAUAUUUGUAAUGCGUAUAAGCAAUUAAUUAAUAAAAUAAUUCCAAAUGAACAGAACACAAAACAGGAUGUUUCUGUAAAUGAUUUUAGUAAAUUGAAAACGCUUGAAGGUGAAUCGUAUGCAAAUUUUUCUAAAGACGAGAAGGAUCCUUUGCGUGAGGAUAUGGAUGUUUCAUGUAGUGAUAUUAGAUUGUAUGAAAAUGACGAAGUUGAUAGGGAGACAUCGUGUUUAGACAGAAAAUUACAGGUUAAUGAAAACAAGACUGCGAUUGAACCCGAAACAGAGAAUAGAAAUGACCAAUUUUGUUCAAACAGUAACACUCGAGAGGUAAACGUCAGUGAAAAAAGUGAAGUUGUUAUAUCUAACAAAGAACAAGAGGCGAUUGAACCAGAAUGUGAAAAAGAAAAUCGUCUAUCUUCGGUAACACCGGAUAUGUUGUAUGAUGACUCAAGCUGUGAAUCUAUAGAUAUUUCUUAUGCAAUAUCACCAUUAAGUGUUAAAAUGGAAGAACCAGAUAAUGAAGAUUUUACCAAUAUUCUAGAGAGUAAUGAAGAUAAAAGCAGUCAAGAUAGUAAAUGUCCUUUAAGUGAAAAAAAUAAUGAACAAAACAUCGAAAACAAAAAUAUUCCAGAUAGUGAUGAAGCUAUAUGUUAUAAUUCUCAUGCUAAUGAAUUUAGUAAAAUGCAAACGAUGAAUGGUAUGUUAGACGACGCCCACGACAAAAACAAAUUUGACCAAGAUACUACGUGUGCGGUUAUAUCCAAAGAAAUUAAUGAAAAAGAACCAAUUUCAGAAGUUCAACUAAAGACUGACAAUAAUGUUCCUGAUGUAGUUAAAAAUACUAAUAUCGAUAUCCCAAUCGAAGUAAAAAUGAAUGGAACACAUAUUUCUAAAAUUAUUGAAGAUCUAGAAGGAGAUAAUUCAUCACUUCAUUCUGAAGAUAGUGAACCUCUUUCUGUCACUAGAAAUAAAUUGAAACUAAAAGAGAAACAAAGAGUUAAUAGAUAUGCAGAUCGCGAUUUUAUUAUUUAUCUGGAGAUGAGGCAAGACGAUAUUGCGCAUGAACAUCCAGAGUUGAACCAGGCCGAAAUUGUAGAAUAUUUGUAUAAAACUUGGUUAUACGAAGAAAAUGCCAAGUCUGAUAUUCGUAAAACAGAUGAAGUUCAACAAUCGAUUUUAAUUAAAGGUCCUGGAGAAAAUAAACAAGCGAGUAAGAAAAGAAAACCUCGUGAAUCUAAGGAGAAGAAAAACGAGACUCAAGAUUUCAAAGAGAACAAUGACGUUGAUACAGCAUCAAUAAAGUCUGAAGGAAGCACAUCAUUGAAGAGAUGGCUCCGUCCAAAAAGAUAUACUUCUAAGCUUUAUGCUGAUUUUGAUAGUAGUAGAGAUACUAGUCCAGUGGUAACCGAUGAAACAGUCUCCGUAUAUUCUUUAGAGAGUGAAGAAUAUAGAACGAAUAAUUCAACACCUAAUGAUGAGAUCCUAAAACCUGAAACAACUAAUACAAAUCAUAAUAAACUUACAUCAAAAACUAAAACCCUGUUAAUGAAAUCCAAUGAUAUUCAGGUAGAUAAAGCUGAACCUGAAUUUAACAAUGGAGAUAGUGGUAAAGGCAAUGAUUCAAAUGAACUAUCUGAAAUCAUAAACGGUAACAAUAAAACAGAGAUAAUCGAACAAAUUAAGGAAGAAUUUGAUCCUGAGAUUUCAUCGAUUAAGUCUGAAGAUAGCGGAGUGUCUUCUAUAAAACGUAAACAAAAAUCUAAAUUUGAUAAAAGCGUAGAUGAUCCCGAAUUUGCCAAAUAUUUAGAGUUAAGACAAGAUGCAUUAAUAGAUGAAAAUCCUCAGCUAGCGCAGGAUGAGAUAGUUAGUUACUUGUACAAAACUUGGCUCUAUGAAGAAAGUGUUAAAUCUGAUAUAAAGAAAACUGAUGAAAUUGAACAGUCAAAUUUAGUCAAAGGAAUAAAUCCAGAUUACACAAUGCCUUUAUCUAAAAGAGUGAAAAGGAAGAUUAAAAUAGAAACUGUUAAUGAUCCAGUGCAGUCAAAACCAAAACGUAAGACUAUUAGGCUUAGUUAUAAUGAAGAAUAUCCCGAUUUUGAAGAUGAGAUAGCAAUGUUUGAAAUUAUGAAGAAUUCUCCUACAGUAGAAUUAAACAAAAUGGAUGUUUUGGAAUUGAAAGCUAAAGAAAUAAAAGCGCCAGAUAACAAGACAGAAGAAGACGAAGAAACUGUAAUUGAAAUACCGGACGAAGUGGAUGAAGUAGAGUUAUACUUUGCAGAAUUGACUAAACCCAAACCUAACGUGUUCAAAGGACUUCUAAGGGAGAAAGUUUGUGAAAUUUGCGAAAAGGUCGGCUGUUUAGUCAAAUGCAAAGGCUGUAAUGGCAUGUUUCAUAUGGAUUGUGUUAAAAAUGAGAUUGAAGUAGUCGACAAGGUUUCUGCGCCAAGCAGGGGUAGAAAGAAGAAGAAGAAGAAGCCCGGCCGCAAACCGAAGAAUUUGGACGACUCUGGGAGUAUGAGUGAUGAGAAAUCGCAAGAUGUUUCAGCGGAAAAUAUGUCGGUAGACGAAAAUAUAGACUUGGAAUCACAUACGUUUGACGCUGAGAAUUUCGAAGCUCAACUGUCGGCCAAAAUGAAAGAGCUAUUAGACAGCACUGAAAAGGAAAUACAUUACGAUUCGUACUCUAGCGACGAUGGUAUCGACUGGGACAAUUCGGUUGCUGGCAAAUGUGAAAUCGUGGACGUUGUACUCAAACCGAAGAGCCAAAACGUUACAGAUUUCAAAUGCAACAACUGUCAAAAAUAUGACAGUCCAGUGUGUUUUGUGUGCAAGAAGGCCGUUUCCAAGACUGGCGUGGAACACAGGCAGAGAUGUCAAGUGGCUCACUGCCAUAAAUACUAUCAUUUGGAAUGUUUGGAUCAUUGGCCGCAGACGCAGUUUACUUCGAGUGAGUCUCGCAAUAAAAAAACGAAUGAAGUCUUCGAGUCUCACAUGUGUCCGAGACAUGUUUGUCAUACAUGCGUGUCUGAUGACCCUAGGGGUUGUAAGACCAGGUUUAGCGGGGACAAAUUGGCUAGGUGCGUGAGGUGCCCGGCUACAUAUCAUUCGUUCACUAAAUGCUUGCCAGCGGGUACGCAGAUUUUGACAGGAUCACAUAUUAUAUGUCCGAGGCAUUAUCAGCAUAGGCCCGGCAAGGUCCCUUGUCAUGUGAAUACCGGUUGGUGCUUCAUAUGUGCGUUGGGCGGCACCCUCAUAUGCUGCGAAUACUGUCCAACAUCUUUCCACGCCGAGUGCCUUAACAUCAGCCCGCCUGAAGGUAAUUACAUGUGCGAGGACUGUGAGACAGGUCGCCUGCCACUUUACGGAGAAAUGGUGUGGGUGAAGCUGGGGCAUUACAGAUGGUGGCCCGGAAUAAUAUUGCACCCAUCUGAGAUCCCGGAAAACAUAAUGGCGGUGAAGCAUUCCCAGGGCGAGUUCGUUGUGAGGUUCUUCGGCCAAUACGACCAUUACUGGGUUAACAGGGGGAGAGUGUUCCCGUUUCAGGAAGGUGACUCCGGCAAAAUUUCCAGUCAGAAAUCUAAAAUAGAUGCGGCUUUCACAACUGCAAUGGAGCAUGCGCAAAGAGCGUGUCAGAUUUUGAAAAACGCCCACGAGAACGAGGAGGAAUCACUCGACAUCGCCUCCUCCCUGCUGCCGCCCCACUACGUGAAGCUGAAGGUGAACAAGCCGUGCGGUUCUCUGGUCAGCCGGCGGGGGGAUGUGGAGGAGGGGUCAUUGACCCAGUGCGAGUGCGACCCCGCCGAGCGGGACCCGUGCGGGCCUUACUCUCAGUGCCUUAAUAGAAUGCUACUAACAGAAUGCGGCCCUAUAUGCCGCGCGGGCGAUCGUUGCAAUAAUCGAGCGUUUGAGAAGCGAUUGUAUCCGAAACUGGUGCCUUAUAGAACCCCGCACAGAGGGUGGGGGUUAAAAACUUUGGAAGACAUCAAAGCAGGACAAUUCGUGAUAGAGUACGUAGGUGAAUUGAUAGAUGAAGAGGAGUUUAAGCGGCGUAUGGCGAGAAAACAUGAGAUUAGAGAUGAGAACUUCUAUUUUCUCACGCUGGACAAGGAGAGGAUGAUUGACGCGGGGCCUAAAGGGAAUCUCGCCAGGUUUAUGAAUCAUUGUUGCGAGCCAAAUUGUGAAACUCAAAAGUGGACGGUGCUAGGGGACGUAAGAGUCGGCUUGUUCGCUAUACACGACAUACCAGCGAACAGCGAAGUGACAUUUAAUUAUCUAUUGGAAUGCGCCAGUAUUGACAAGAAGAAGUGUAUGUGUGGGGCCAAGCGGUGCGCUGGUUAUAUCGGCGCCAAACCUAAACAGGACGAAUCUCAACCGAAAAAGGGCAGAGUUGCGGCUAAAAGGACGUGCAGAAAGCGGAAAAACAUGGAAGAAUCUCCAUCGACGAAGAAUAAGAUUAAAAAGCCGGUGGGCCGCCCGGCCAAACCUAAAGAGUUGACAGAAAUAGAGAAAGACUUACUUAUAAUAAAAAGCGCGACAAAUGGACUAUCAAGUGACUCUGAAUGCAGUAGAGUAAGUAGUUUAGAGGGAGACAGACAUAGCAAAGCGUUGAAGAGGAAAAGAGUGAGCUUCUCAACGGAAGAUGUUAUUUUGAAUGGUAAUGUUGGUGUGAAAAAGUUGAAAGCGGAUGAGGAUUGUAAUGACUGAAUAGGUUUAGUUAGGUUUUGUGUUGUAUGAAAUUGUAUGGGAGUGUUCACAUUGCGAGAAAAUUGUUUUGAUGAUGGUUUUUUUUUUGCUUUGUGAAUAUAACAAAUACAAAUACACUCGAAAGCCAUAACCCACCUUUUACAAUCGGUUAAAGCUUGAAUGUUUGUUCUUGUAAUGAAAUUGUGAAUAUACUUAAUUGGUUACCAAAAUACGGUUGUAAGUUACUUCCAACGAUUCCUUGUACAGUCAGUAACAUAAUGAGGUUGGUUUUUUUUCACUAAAAUAAAAAAAAAUUGCUACGUAAUAAUAAAUAUUACAGAAAAAUAUUUCCUCACAAAUUAUUUUUUUUUUAUCUUGAUUAGAUUUCUGUCAUUGUUUUGUUAUUUUUGGUUCCUUUCAAAUGUCCGUACAAUAAUUAUGUUGUUGUUGACUGUACGUAAAUAAGAUUAUGGAAGAUUGGAUAGUUUUUUUUAAGUCACUUUUGUAAAAAACAAUAGUUAUUUAAAUUGUUUUAAAUCUUGUGACUGGGCUUCUUAUGUUACGUCAGAAAUGUAUAGUAUUAGAUUUAGUUGGUUUUUACUACAAUGCAUA